UUAUAUUCCUAAAAUCCAACAUGUCGGACGAAGAUUGCAUGUAUGAUGAUGAUGAAGAGUAUGAUUUGGAAUACUCAGAAGAAAGUAAUUCUGAACCAGAUGUUGACUUGGAAAACCAAUAUUACAAUUCUAAGGCACUAAAGGAGGAUGACCCAAGAGCUGCAUUGGAGAGCUUCCAAAAGGUGUUGGAGUUGGAAGGCAAGGAUAAAGGAGAAUGGGGUUUCAAAGCUCUCAAACAGAUGAUCAAAAUCAAUUUCAAACUGUGUCUGAUGAAAAAAGUUGAUACAAAGAGUAAUUAUGAACAGAUGAUGGUGAGAUAUAAGAUGCUUUUGACUUAUAUUAAGUCAGCAGUAACAAGGAACUAUUCAGAAAAGUCCAUCAACUCCAUCCUAGAUUAUAUCUCCACAUCAAAACAGAUGGAACUCCUGCAGGACUUUUAUGAAACAACACUGGAUGCCUUGAAGGAAGCCAAAAACGAAAGGUUAUGGUUCAAAACCAACACAAAGUUGGGCAAGCUGUACUUCGAUAGGGGAGAUUAUUCCAAACUCCAAAGAAUUCUGAAACAGUUACACAUAUCUUGUCAGACUGACGAAGGCGAGGAUGACCUGAAGAAAGGAACACAGCUGUUAGAAAUCUACGCCUUAGAAAUCCAAAUGUACACGGCACAGAAGAACAACAAAAAAUUAAAGGCUUUGUAUGAGCAGUCUCUCCAUAUCAAGUCGGCCAUUCCUCACCCGCUCAUCAUGGGCGUCAUUAGGGAAUGUGGUGGUAAAAUGCAUUUACGAGAGGGAGAAUACGAGAAAGCACACACAGACUUUUUUGAAGCAUUCAAGAAUUACGAUGAGUCAGGUAGCCCCAGGCGGACAACCUGUCUGAAGUACCUGGUGUUGGCCAACAUGUUGAUGAAGUCUGGUAUCAACCCAUUUGACUCCCAGGAGACCAAGCCCUACAAAAAUGACCCGGAGAUCCUCGCGAUGACUAACCUAGUCAGUGCUUAUCAAAACAAUGAUAUCAAUGAAUUUGAGAAAAUAUUGAAAACAAACAGACGGAACAUUAUGGAAGAUCGUUUCAUCAGAGAACAUAUAGAAGAUUUACUACGGAACAUCAGAACACAGGUGUUAAUCAAACUGAUCAAGCCCUACACCAGAAUACACAUACCUUUUAUCUCAAAGGAACUCAACAUAGACCCAUUGGAGGUGGAGAAUCUACUGGUAUCGUGUAUCCUUGACAACGCUAUACAUGGAAGGAUAGACCAAGUAAACUUGGUGCUGGAACUUGACCGAGAGGCCAUGGGGACAGCAAGAUACAAUGCCCUGGACAAGUGGACAGCCCAGCUACAAACAGUUCACCUGGCUGUGGUCAAUAAGACCGCAUGACACAACUGACCACCAACAAGUGAUCUAGACUGACCAUUGGGUCUUAUAAAUUAUUGAUGCCAUUAAACCAGAUUUAUCCCGUGAAUUUAGAAAAUCUGGCUCAAAUGGCUUUCUUACAUCUUCGUGAAGUAGAUGUGUAAACCCAAUAUUUUGGUGUUGAAGGUUGAAUAAAUGUGGUAAUUAAAACUUCUUGCCACGAUUUUAUUGGAUUUGUAUUAAAACAAAUGAAAGACAUUUGGAAGCUUAAAGGCCACAGUUUGUAUUACGGAAGACAAUUGAUUGCCAAGUCUAACUAAUUAUUUAAACAUUAGUUUUUGUGAGAAUUGACCAAGAACGAUCAUUUAAAAAUUGUUUCUCGUAAAUGGAUAUUUGUUUGUGCUGAGUUGUUGAGAAAUGUUAUUGUAUUUGUAAAUGAUUUACAAAUUGUGUAUCUAACUAAGAGCUGCUUCCACUAGGAGGAUUUAAAUACUCUGCAUCGGCUGUAUCUAUUUCACCAGAAAAUGAUCUACACAAGCUAUUCCGGUGAUGUGUGUAUAGAACCUUGUUAUCGGGACUCUGUUUAUACUUUCUAAAUUAUAUUAGGAUUUAUUUUCAGUUACGAGGAUUUAUUUUUUGUCUGGAGUCUGGAGAAUCAAGGUGCUACUAUACACAAAAAUUUAAACAAAGUGUGUGGACUAAAAAGAGUUCAGUAUUUACAAAGCUGAAAACUAUGGACUUACAAGAUUGCCGUGUACUCUGGAACCUUAAUGUCUGGAAUGAUGAAUAUCCAGUUUGCACACAAGCCCAAGUGUUUGGACUAGCGGAGAUCUACUGGUACAAACAAGCCGGAGUGUCCAGUUUAUUAAAAUCCACUGGUACACACAGGACACAUGUCUGGACUACAAAGUUCCACUGUACAUACAAGCCUUACUAGGGAGCUUCUACGAUAUUCAGUACUAAAGAUAUUGUAGACAUGAGAUCAUGACGCCAAACUACCAAGAUCUUGUAUGUGUACAGUUAUAAAAAUAAACAUUUUACACAAACAAAAA